AUGGAGGCUAACAUGUCGUCUUCCCUGAUAGUUCCUGUCGUUGAUGUGCAUAAUGAAAAUUUUAAGGAGGUUUGGCCCACAUUAAUCGAUGCCAUUAAGACGUCGUCGUUCAUUGCACUGGACACGGUGAGUGUGCACGAGCUGAGUGGUCUGGGGAACAGGAAGGCCUUGCUGGCCGAAUCUAUCGAGGACAGGUAUAAGGCCAUAUGUCAUGCAGCUCGCUCUCGCUCCAUCCUCUCUUUGGGGAUUGCCUGUUUCAAGAAACUAUACGAGAAGGCUUCAGACUCGUACCUGGUCCAGGUGUUUAACCUCACCCUCCUGUGCUCAGAGGAGUACAUCAUAGAGCCCCAGUCGGUGCAGUUCCUGGUCCAGCACGGGUUCGACUUCAACAAGCAGUACAGCCUGGGCGUCCCUUAUGUAAAGGGCAACAGUAAGGGAGGGACGGACGACCGUGGAAUCCACAUUCGAGCUUUGUUCACCGAGCUGUUACGUGCCCGGAAGCCCUUGGUGUUGCACAACGGCCUCAUCGACAUAGCCUUCCUUUACCAAAGUUUUUAUGCUCAACUCCCCGACCGGCUGGUCACUUUCACAGCCGACCUGUCUGAGAUGUUCCCCGCUGGCAUUUACGACACUAAAUACGUCAUCGAAUUUGAAAUCCGACUGGCUGCAUCCUACCUGGAGUACGCCUACAAAAGAUGUAAUCUGGAUAACAGCCGCAGCGUGGCCGCCUAUGAAAUGGGACCUCAUGUUUACAUCGAAUUCUCUCAGUACGUGGAUCACAUGUCCGCCUACGUGGAGUACAGAGAGUGUUCAGCUGUAGCCGCUUCUGAGGGACCAACCGUCAUCUGCCAGCCCUUCUCUGCUUACGGCUGGUGCUCCAACGGAGCCAACUGUCCACUGUCCCACGACACAGACCUCAUCAUCCUGCAGGACGAGAAGUCCAAGGAGGACUCCAGGAAAAAGAGGAAGAGGCAGAGGCAGAGAGAGAAGAAGAAAGGAGCAAAAGAGAACCCGGACGCCGCCUCCGUCGCCGACGGCGCCCCAGAAUCCAAAAAACCCAACAUGGAAGUGAGCGAAGCGGCGGGCGAGCCCCAGGACGCCAUGGCGGUGAUCAUCCCGGGAUUGGAGCCCCAGAGUGCCAGCGGCCAGUACGAGGCGCAGACCCCCCCCGUCCAGGGCGAGGGCAACGGGGCGUACCAGGCCGAGCCGGCGCUGGCCAUGGCCGUGGGGGACGGGGCGGGGGGGCUGGGCGACUCCCUGGCCCUGCCGGAGGGCCAGAGGAAGAAGGCGGAGACGGGGACGCACCGCGCGGGCUUCGACGCCUACAUGACCGGCUUCAUCUUCGCCCACUCCUGCGCCCUCAAGCAGAAGGAGGCGGCUGCCGUGGAAACGGCCGACAAGGAGCCCUCCUGGAUCCCGGGCUGCCUCAACAAGAUCUACCUUAGCGGCAAGGCGGCCCCUCUAAAUGUGGUCAAAAGCACCUUCGCCAAGUCCUGCAAAGCCCACGUGCAGAAAAUGGAGUUGGUGUGGGGCAGAAAGCUGUAG